UCUUCACUAGAUUACACUCGAGGCCCAGGGAGUCAAUGCGUAAAUAUGAUACAUAUGGGUUGCUCUUAGCGGUGCAGAUUUGGGUGUAUGAGACAGUCCCUGCACUGGGAGCUCGCUUCGCGAAGCGAGGGGAGACACGAUGACCUCGGAUGUAUCAUUGAAGAUCAUCGCGAGCGAAGGGAUGUCCCCACUGGGAAACAGUUAUCGGCCCUCCUCGACGAUCCUCACCUUGAAGUUAUACCUGAGUUGACGUCGUCGAUAGAAGAAGAGGCUCGGGGUCUUGUGCGGGAUGUAGGCGUUCUGUACACCGAAGACGAGGAGAUGUCUGAUUCGAGCCUGGACCGAGAUUGGGAGGGCGGUCCAGCUGAUCAACGAUCACCUCCGCCGAGGGCAUCGUCGCAGCCAUUGACAUCGCCUCCGCCGAGGGCAUCGCCGCCGCCAUUGGCAUCGCCACCGCCGAGAGUAUCUCCUUCUCCCUCGUCCAGACACGUCCCCCGUGUAUCUUCGAUACACAGUGAUGAUUUGUAUGCUCAUCUGACUGGAUUUAUAGCGGAGGAGGUCGGCGCGCUACAACGAGAGUUGACGGAGAGGGUCGAUGAUCUGGGAUGAGAGUUGACCAAGAGGGUCGACGAUCUGACGGGAAAGGUCGACUAUCUGAUAGGAAGAGUCAAUGAUAUGGGACGAGAGUUGACAUUGAGGGUUGAUGAUCUAUCACAUGAUCUUGGAAUGCUACGGUCUUGCGUUAUCGACCUUCAGGAUGCGGUAGGGACACUUAGAGGAGAUUUAACCGUUAGUCGAUGGGGGGACAGAGAGGAUGGUGGAGAUGAUCGAGAGGGUGGCAGAGAUGGUGAUGGAGAGGGGGGUCACCCACAUUUUUGGUAUGAUGAGAUAUUAGAGUCAUUCUAGUUGUCUAUGGAGGGGGAUAGGAUGGCCCCAAUGGGGGGCGACGGGGGAGGCACCGACGGGAGGAAUGGAGGAGGUGGCGACGGAGGGGGAGGCCCCGAUGGGAGGGGCAAAGGAGGUGGCGAUGGAAGGGGUGGUCCUGAUGGGAGGGGCAGAUGAGGUGGCGAUGGAGGAGGUGGCCCCGGAGGGCGAGAGGACGCCCAUCGUGAUUGAGGGUAAGAGACAUGCUGUUAAUGAGACAGAGCAGGUGGUCGGCAAGAGGUUGAGAGUGCCGUCACAGUAUGUUGUUUCCCCCUUCAUGGCUAAGGCCAAGAGGAGGACGUUUAUCGAUGGGACGCACCCGAACUUAUUUAGAGAGGUGGAUAAUGCCAAGUAGAAAGCAUUCGAGACGGAGUGGAGGAGAAUUAUCCCCGGAUAAGUAUUUUAUGAUUUUAAUAAAGCACUGUACGCUAACUCGUCUAUGCUUAUUUUAACAUUUCCCUAUU